AUGGAUCAUCCGUCCAACACAUCGCCUGCACCGUCUAACGCGUUCAAUUCACGCCUUGCCCUCGUCAUGAGACAGCUGGACGAUGUCAAAGCGGAGAACCGGUCUCUCAAAGAACGACUGGAGCGGCUGGAGGCUGGGGAAUCUGAAGCCCGCAACAUCAUUUUCCGUGUCAGCCAACGGCUUGCAGAGAUCGAGGAUAAUUUCUACAGCACCGCCAGCCGACAGGGAAUCUCCGACGGUGCGGUAGCAGCCACUGUAAUGCUCGACGACGAGCGCGAGAAGCGGGCUGAGCUCCAGAGGAAAUACCGAGUCGCCGCUUGUAUCGCCCAGAACAAGCACGCCGCUCACUAUAGGGUGCCGGAGAGUGAGCGCUCGCACGAUACAGGUGGCCAUGGUGCCACCAUAUCGACCUCGGAUCGCGGAGAAGCAAAUGCUCCGCCGAUCUCCGACAACUCCGCUAGAGGACGCUCCACAGCAAGCUCCUCAACAGGUUCCACUAUCUGCUUCAAAGCGCUAUGUGUGCGUCUUGUGUUGGCUGUUUUAGCAAUGUGCUGGUCGGUUGCGAGCUCACGCAAGGGACUGGAAGGCAUAUUCCGACUGAAGGGCGGCAGAGCAGCGGUUGUUGAGGAUUUUGGAGGCCAAGACUUAAGGCGAGAGGGUUAA